AAAAGAAAGAAAGAAAGAAAGAAAAAUAGUAGAGGUUUUGGAUUAUUUGAUGUGAUAGUAAUAAUAAUAAUUUAGUGUUAGAAUUGAGCUGAAAAAAGCCUUGAACUGUUGUUGAAACUCAACAAGGAAAAGCCUUGAAUCCAAGUAGCAGCAGCACUAGCAAUUGUGAUAACUAUUUUCCAGAAAUCAAAAACCUACCUUUGCCUUUCUACAGAACAACAUACCCCAAUCCCUCAACUUUCUCUGCUCUCUUCGCUCCUAAAUUAGGGUUUCCACUUCCUUCUUCUUCCUUUUAAUUCUUCUCCAACGCAACGCUGGCUAUGGACUACGAGCCCUAUGAUAGCAGUGGAACUGAUGAUGAUCUACCACCAUCACAUCAGAAUAGAAUUCCUAGAACUGGACGAAUUGCUGGGAAUGGAAGAUCUGCCGUAGCUUCAGUGCCAUAUCCUAGGAUUUAUGGCGAAACUGAUAUGGAGGCCCAAAUUCACCAGCUUGAGCAAGAAGCAUACAGUUCAGUUCUAAGAGCCUUUAAAGCUCAAGCUGAUGCCAUUACUUGGGAGAAGGAGAGUUUGAUAACAGAACUUAGAAAAGAAUUGAGACUAUCAAAUGAGGAGCACAGAGAGCUUUUAGGCCGGGUUAAUGCGGAUGAUGUCAUACGGAGGAUAAGGGAGUGGAGACAAACAGGGGCACUGCAACCCAGCAUGCUUAAUGCUGGUCAAGCUGUUCAUGAUCCUGUGCCUAGUCCCACUGUGUCAGCAUCUCGCAAGAAACAGAAGAUAACCCAGUCAGUGCCUUCACAAUCCUUUGGUGGGCCAUCCCCACCAUUUCACCCUCAAGCUGUUGCUCCAUCUCACCAACCAUCUUCCUCGGCUGCUAAACGAGGACCUAUAACUGGCUCCAAGGGCAAGAAACAUAAACCAAGUUUACCUGGUGCGCCUUCCAUGAAGUCCAUGCAGUACCCCUCCACAGGUCCAGCUGGGAGGGGUCAAGUUGUUAAUAGGGUAUCCUCUGGUACUGCCCUUGUGAGUGAACCUGCUGAAGGGGCAACAUUUGAUCCAUUAAUUGGGAAGAAAGUAAGGACAAGAUGGCCUGAUGAUAACAAUUUCUAUGAAGCUGUCAUAACUGAUUACAAUUCAGUUGAGGGACGACAUGCGCUGGUCUAUGAUAUUGGUACCGCAAAUGAGACAUGGGAAUGGGUUAAUCUCUCAGAGAUUUCUCCUGAGGAUAUACAAUGGGAAAGUGAGGUCCCUGGAAUUCCUCAUCGUGGUGUUUAUGGUGGACCUGGUCACGGGAUGAAUAGAUCUGUAGGUCGUGAUGGUGUGCCAGGUGCAGGAAGAGGUAGAGGUUUUGCAAAGGGGCCAUCAAGAAAAGAUUUUCUACCGUCACAGAAUGGCAUUGGAAAGAAAGCACUAGAUGAUAUACAAAUUCUUCACACAGAUACUCUAAUCAAGGAGGUGGAGAGGGUUUUUGGUACAAACCAUCCUGACCCCCUUGAAAUUGAGAAAGCAAAGAAAGUGCUAAAAGAGCAUGAGCAAUCGCUUAUUGAUGCAAUUGCAAAGCUCACAGAUAUAUCUGAUGGUGAAAGUGAUGAGGGUGGCCUCCAGUUUGGGCAACCAAUGGAUCGAACAUGAUGAAGAAGCAGUUUUUGUAGGAAGACAAAUAGCUUAUCCAUGUAUCCUGAUAGAAUGGUCAGAGGUGAAUGGAUGAAUGCUUGAGUUGACAGUAAGAUGGGUAGCAGAGACAGUUGCUGGUGGGAGGGUAAUUCUUGUAUAAUACACUUUUUCUAACUGUAUUUUCCUCAACAGGGAUAACUCUAGGUUUGUGGGGGUGGAUAGGUAUUACUGUAAGAGGGAAUUAUUUGUUGUAGUUGUUUGCUAAUUUCUUUGUAAUUGAUUAGAAAAAGAAGAAGAAAAUAGUAGCAGGCUGAUGUUUGAUGUAAGAUUAUUGAGUUAGCAAUUACCGUGUGUUGAUUUAGAAAUGUAUUUUUGUUGGUACCUUUCGGCAACCCUCUCGUCUGUUAUCAGGACGUUAAAACUUGGAGUAAACGCAAUGGUAGCAGCACGCAUUUUGCCUUGGGGUCCUUGUAGCUACAGAGAUUUGUAUUGUAAUAAAUAUCUUUCUUGGCUUCUUCAA